AAAAGUCCCAACAUCACGAUUUUUUGCUGUUGCACUCAAGGACAAUGAGAAGUGCUGAGAAAGAAGUGGCUCUGUGUCGAUCUUUAGUCAUUACCCAACACACCAAUUCUAUGAAUGCCAUGAAGAAGUCCUUUGGUCCCGUCUUGUUUCAAACCUACUUGGUUUCCCGCUGUUGUUAGAAAUGCGUGGUACGCCUAACGAUGACCAGCACAACCACCAGCCCCGGUAAGCUGACAUGCCGCUUAUUAGCACCGCGACCGCGACCGUCCGCACUCAUGCGGUGGUGCGCGCCGACGAGGAGUCGCCAUCUAUGACAUCCAUGGAUGUCCCGCAAACGAGUGAUUUCGUAUUAAGCUCAAAUACAUGCGGAUUCACUACGGCUAGUGCGAUUACAUGUGGGCUUGGAUACGAAUGCACGAACGUAGGGGACUUUCGUGGUUGCUGCCUAUCCGAUGAAGACGACUGUUCCUCGACUAUAUACACCACAUGCAUUGAUUACACCGCCGUAUAUGACUCCGCGGACUGUGGAGGGCAUACGCUAUGCUGUCCAGAACGAGUCCCACAUUGCUUUACAUACGCAUUUACGACGGACAACGAACCAGGCGCGACACUCAAGCUCGUCGAAUGCAACCCAUCCCAAGGAUUCGGGGAAUUAUUCCCCUAUCCACCGGAGCUAACGAUGACUCCGGAUAUAUCAUCGACAGACUCGGGUUCGCCGUCAAACCCCAGCUCACCUACAGAUACCGAUUCUUCAAAUUCCUCUAUAUCCGGCGGCGCAAUCGCAGGUAUCGUAGUCGGGGCCGUCCUGGGUAUCAUUCUCAUCGCCAUAGUCGUAGCCUUCAUAUGCCGAUCCCAACGGAAGAAACAACAUCAGGCCCCGGCUGUUCGCCCUUCGAUUAGCCCCCCACUUCCCAUCAAGACAACAGAUAGUUCACCGGACAGCUCGCCGACGGUGGAGAAAGACCAGGCAAGGGCACGAGCCGUGGCAACAGUAGAAGGCGCAGGGGUAGGUGCAGGAGCGGAAGCCGGGCCAGCAAAGACGAAGAGCAGACGAUCAGCCCGUCGAUCUUUUCUCCGCCCACUCUCCAUGAUCCGCGAGCAACCUAGUCCUAUCCCAGGUGCUAGAUCUAACGGCAUCUCCCCCGUAUCUCCUACGGGGACGACGCGACAAAGCUACGGACUUAAUUGGCCUCUCGUUCCGAGCAGCCCCCUGGCUUCUCAUCCGGUCGACGAGACCUUGAAGAAACGCCUAAGCGACGGCCGAUUUGGACUUAUGAACCCGCCUGGGCCGGAUGGUGCUGGCUUAGGACAGCGUUUGCCUGCUUUACAGCUAGCUUCGCUAACAUCGGGGAAUAUGCCGACGAGGAGUCUAAGUAGUACAUCUGCGAGUACUAGGGGUCCGCGACAGCCGUUUUCGUCGAUUGGUGGGCGUGUGAAUAAGGCUAUGGAUAGAUACAGUGCGGAUAGCGUUCUCGCAACGGGGUCGACAUCGGCGUCGGCUAUGAAGGUUGCGGAUCCGGAACCGGUAUCGCCGAUCGAGAGCGAAGAGGAGGAGCCUGAAGAUGUUCAGAGGUUUAGCUUUGUGUCUGUGCCUAGUGCAAAAGAUGAGAUAGUGUCCCCCUUGGAGGCGGACGGAGGGUAAUGGUGGGGAGAGUGGAAAUGGGGCGGGAAGAGUAAGUCCGCUGAAGAAUACACGAACAAAUGCGGAAUCAUAAUGUAUAAUUCAUAUUUCUAU